UUGGAAAGUCUUGACAAGCUGAAUUUUCUUGUUCUAUUGGCAGAUAAUUUUGCUUAGUUCAAAUAAAACACCCCUCUUUUUUUAAUUGUUUUUGAACACUGACUUUUUGCAGUGUGGUGAUUGUUAUUGUUAUUGUUAAGUGUAUAGCGAAUAAUGUCAUUGUUAGAUUUAUAUACCAGCUGUUUCCGGCGGGUGUCCCUUGAGUGCGGUGCUUAGUUGGCGGGGCAACUUCUCCGCCCGUGACGUGUUGGCGACGCCGGGAGAAGCUCACUGAGGUGGCCCGGUUAAUUGUCCCCUUCCUCGCAAGUUACCACCACAGCAGCAAGUACAUGGCGGCAGCUUUCUUUUCUUUCCAAUGACUAGUCAACAGUGACGCUAGCUCCACACUUCCGCCGUCCCUCCACCCGGCGAUGGGCACCGUGACUUCCGCCCUGACGAGGACGCGACACGCUCUGGUCAAAGUGGGCUCGGAGCCGCAGAGUCACGACCCGGAGAGGAGCCACUCCGCGCGGGUCCGGAGGAGGAGCGGACUCUUCCACGUCGCCGGCCAAACAGCGCGGCAAAUUUCCCGCCAGUCGGUGCUGAGCCGGCAGGAUUUGGACGGAACCAAAAAGUCAGGAGCGGCGCAACCGAGCGUGGCCAAUGAGGAUGGAGAAAGCUCAACUCGACCGCAUGCCGCUUUUGCACGCUCCAAAUCUCAGAGCGCCCUUUGGAACGCCAUCACAGCUGGGAUGGGGAUCAAAGGCAAGGAGCAGAAGCCCCCUCAGAUUGACCCUCGAAGUCCUGAGGAGAUUCUGGCUGAUGAGCUUCCUGCCACAGACCAACCAGAUGUGUCGGAGAAAACUGCCAUCAGGCGCAAGUACAAGAAGACAUCCCAGAGAUUAAGAUGUCUGGUCAAGCAGCUGGAGAGAGGAGAGGCUUCCUUGGCCGACCUCAAGAAGAACUUGGAGUACGCCGCUUCUGUCUUGGAGUCGGUCUACAUCGAGGAAACCAGGCGCCUGGUGGACACGGAGGAUGAGCUCAGCGACAUCCAGUCCGAGUCGGUGCCCUCCGAGGUGCGCGACUGGCUGGCCUCCACCUUCACGCGGCAGAUGGGCCUGAUGCUGCGACGCAAUGAGGAGAAACCUCGCUUCCGCAGCAUCGUCCAUGCCGUCCAGGCUGGGAUUUUUGUGGAAAGGAUGUACCGCCGCACCUCCAAUUUGGUGGGACUCAGCUACCCCCCCUCCGUUAUAUCUGUGCUCAAGAAUGUUGACAAGUGGUCAUUUGACGUGUUCGCGCUCAACGAGGCCAGUGGCGACCACGCGCUUAAGUUCAUUUUCUACGAGUUGCUCACCAGAUACGACCUCAUCAGUCGCUUCAAGAUCCCAAUUUCUGCAGUGGUGUCUUUUGUGGAGGCUCUGGAAGUAGGAUACAGCAAGCAUAAGAACCCUUACCACAACUUGAUGCAUGCUGCUGAUGUCACACAGACUGUGCACUACUUGCUACUGAAGACUGGCAUGGUGCACUGGUUAACCGAGCUGGAGAUCUUGGCCAUGAUCUUUGCAGCCGCCGUGCACGACUACGAGCACACGGGGACAACAAACAACUUCCACAUUCAGACCAGGUCGGACACGGCCAUCCUGUAUAACGACCGCUCAGUGUUGGAGAGCCACCACGUGAGCGCCGCCUACCGCCUGCUGCAGGACGACGACGAGAUGAACAUCCUGUACAACCUCUCCAAGGACGACUGGAGAGAGCUGAGAGCUUUGGUGGUGGAAAUGGUUCUGGCCACCGACAUGUCCUGUCACUUCCAGCAGGUGAAGGCCAUGAAAAACUUCCUGCAACAGCCUGAGGGCAUUGACAAGCCCAAAGCUCUCUCCUUGCUGCUGCACACUGCUGACAUCAGCCACCCGGCCAAGAGCUGGGACCUCCACCACCGCUGGACCACUUCUCUGCUGGAGGAGUUCUUUCGACAGGGGGACAAAGAAGCAGACCUCGGCCUUCCUUUCUCGCCGCUCUGCGACAGGAAGUCAACAAUGGUGGCGCAGUCGCAGAUUGGCUUCGUGGACUUCAUCGUGGUGCCCACCUUCACCGUGCUCACGGACAUGAUGGAACGCAUCGUCACGCCUCUCAUGGACGAGGCCUCGCACUCGGGUUUCGCAGGCUUCCGGCGCUCCAGUCUGAACAGUAUUAGCACGGAGGAUGGCAAGAGGCACAGCGUGAAGAGCCUGGGUUCAGACAGCUGCUCGUCAGGUCAGGGCUCUCUGCUGUCCAUGGACAUGAAGAACUUCAAGGCGCUGUGGAACGAAGAAGUCUACCAGAACAGAGAGCGCUGGAAAGCGCAGGCUGCCAAAGAGGCGGAGGAGCGAGCAAAAAAAGAAGCCGAGGAGCGAGCCCAUCAGGAGGAGUCUAUGGACCCCCAGGAGGACCACUCAGAGUCCACACAGCGACCUGAGCCCACAGACGGCAAGCAGGAGCAGGAUGUGGAGUCCAAGCAGGACGUAAGCGCAUCGCCUGCCACUGAGGGCACACCACCACCACUGGGGGGCGCUGCCGCACACAAGAGUCCCUCACUGCAGAACGGAGAGUCGCCUGACAGCACCGACCCUGCAGGAAGUAAAGAGAGCAGAAAUACACCACUUGAUGCUCAUGUUGCUAUGGACUAAAGGAAGACGGGUGUGGCAACCACCAGACGGGGAAAGACAUGCGUUGGACUUUGUCGCCCCCUGCAGGAAGCCGACAAACUGACACCCUUCUGUUCGUGCGUGUGGUAUUCAAUCUGUUCUGCAGGCUUGUUAGACAUUCCCAAGUGAGUUUCAAAAGUGAUGAUAUGUCAGCUGAACAUGGAAAGGUGUACAUGUUUGCUAGCAGCCAGCUGAACAUGGAAAGGUGUACAUGUUUGCUAGCAGCCAGCUGAACAUGGAAAGGUGUACAUGUUUGCUAGCAGCCAUGCUUUGUGAAGAAGCAAGAAGGGAGAACUUCAUCAUGCAUUUUGUCCUUUUCCACGCCUUCCUUUCACCGUGUGGACUUCCAUGUUGUCUCCUCUUUUUAACAUAUCACACACUAAUGCAUUCACACACCUUUGUGUUGACCUUAUUCGUGUACGUCUUGUACGUUUGUGUGUGUGUGUGAGAGAGUGUGUGUGUGUGUGUGUGUGUGUGUGUGUGUGUGUGUGUGUGUGUGUGUGUGUCACUCUUCUUGAUGCCUUCUUAUGAGUUCUUGUUGUCUCCUCCAUCCUUGCUGUCAUCCAUGUAAGGUGUUGCACAUGUAGGAUGCAGAUGUUGCUAAUGAUGCACAUGUAGGAUGCAGAUGUUGCUAAUGAUGCAUAUGUAACAUAGUCAAACACCUGCUAGACUUCUAAUUGCAAAUAUCUCCUAGUGGGGAAAAGAAAAAUAGCAUUUUAGCAGUAUUUGCAUUACAAACCAUCUGUCGUCCCUAUGACUGCACUUUUAUUUAUUAUUGUAUAGUGCCAAGAUUUUGGCAUGUGAUGUGCUUGUUUUAAUAUGUUUUUUAAUAUAUAUGUAUGUGUAUAUAUAAGUUGUAUGUAUGUAUGUGUAUAUAUGUAUAUGCAUAUAUGUAUAUACAGUAUAUAUAUAUUAGGGCUGCAACUAAUAACUAAUUUGAUAAUCGAUUAAUCUGUCGAUUAUUACUUCGAUUAAUCGAUUAAUAAUCGGAAAAAAGAGACAAACGACAUUUCUAUCCUUUCCAGUAUUUUAUUAAAAAGAAAACAGCAUACUGGCACUAUACUUAUUUUGAUUAUUGUUUCUCAGCUGUUUGUACAUGUUGCAGUUUAUAAAUAAAGGUUUAUUUAAAAAAAAAAAAAAAAGAAAAAAAAAAGUAGCCUCUGCGCAUAGCAUAGAUCCAACAAAUCGAUGACUAAAUUAAUCACCAACUAUUUUUAUAAUCGAUUUUAAUCGAUUUAAUCGAUUAGUUGUUG